GGAGGAGGGACUGAGCGGCGGCGGCCCCCGCGUCCCGGUGCCUCUAUGGGGGAAGCAGACAAUGGAUUAUGAUUUCAAGGCGAAGCUGGCGGCGGAGCGGGAGCGGGUGGAGGAUUUGUUUGAGUACGAAGGGUGCAAAGUGGGACGCGGCACCUACGGGCACGUCUACAAGGCGAGGCGGAAAGAUGGAAAAGAUGAAAAGGAAUAUGCACUGAAGCAAAUCGAAGGCACAGGAAUAUCCAUGUCGGCUUGUAGAGAGAUUGCACUUUUACGAGAAUUGAAGCACCCUAAUGUGAUCGCAUUGCAGAAGGUGUUCCUUUCUCACAGUGACAGGAAGGUGUGGCUGCUGUUUGAUUAUGCAGAACAUGACUUGUGGCAUAUUAUUAAGUUUCACCGUGCAUCGAAAGCAAAUAAAAAACCCAUGCAGUUGCCAAGAUCUAUGGUUAAAUCAUUACUUUACCAGAUUCUUGAUGGUAUCCAUUACCUCCAUGCAAAUUGGGUGCUUCACAGAGACUUGAAACCAGCAAAUAUCCUAGUAAUGGGAGAAGGUCCUGAAAGGGGGAGAGUCAAAAUAGCUGACAUGGGUUUUGCCAGGUUAUUCAAUUCUCCUCUAAAGCCACUAGCAGAUUUGGAUCCAGUGGUUGUGACAUUUUGGUAUCGGGCUCCAGAACUGUUGCUUGGUGCAAGGCAUUACACAAAGGCCAUUGAUAUAUGGGCAAUAGGCUGCAUAUUUGCUGAAUUGUUGACUUCAGAACCUAUUUUUCACUGUCGUCAGGAAGAUAUAAAAACAAGCAAUCCCUUUCAUCAUGAUCAACUAGAUCGGAUAUUUAGUGUCAUGGGGUUUCCAGCAGAUAAAGACUGGGAAGAUAUUAGAAAGAUGCCAGAAUAUCCCACACUUCAAAAAGACUUUAGAAGAACAACGUAUGCCAACAGUAGCCUCAUCAAGUACAUGGAGAAACACAAGGUCAAGCCUGACAGCAAAGUGUUCCUCUUGCUUCAGAAACUUCUUACUAUGGAUCCAACCAAGAGAAUUACCUCGGAGCAAGCUCUGCAGGACCCCUAUUUUCAGGAGGACCCCUUGCCAACCUUAGAUGUAUUUGCUGGCUGCCAGAUUCCUUAUCCCAAACGAGAAUUCCUUAAUGAAGAUGAACCUGAAGAGAAAGGUGACAAGAAUCAGCAACAGCAGCAGAACCAGCAUCAGCAGACCACAGCUCCUCCACAACCGGCAGCAGCCCCUCCACAGGCGCCCCCACCACAGCAGAACAGCACCCAGACCAAUGGGACCACGGGCGGGGCCGGGGCUGGGGUGGGGGGUGCCGGAGCGGGGCUGCAGCACAGCCAGGACUCUGGCCUGAACCAGGUGCCUCCCAGCAAGAAACCACGGCUCGGGCCUUCAGGCACAAACUCAGGCGGGCCUGUCAUGCCCUCAGAGUAUCAGCACUCAAGUUCUCGCCUGAAUUACCAAAGCAGCGUUCAGGGAUCCUCUCAGUCCCAGAGCACACUAGGCUACUCCUCCUCGUCUCAGCAGAGCUCACAGUACCAUUCAUCUCACCAGGCCCAUCGGUACUGACCGGCUCCCCUCAGCCCAGGCCAGCCCAGAGCACAGACUCCAGCAAUAUGACGUCUGCAUUGAAAAGAAUCCAAAAAUACAAACUACGACGCUGUUUAAAACUCGUAUACUUGGGGAGGAAAACUUGAUAUACUGAGCAUUUUGCAAGACUAAUACUCUUCUUUAUUAACUUAAGGAAGAUCCUGGUGGAGUCUCCCCAGCACCCCUUCCCGCAUGUGUUCCAUUGUGUGACUUCUCUGAUACGGCGUCUGACCUAAUCCCAGCACUUCUGUAACCUUCAGCAGUUUUUUGAAGGAUUUCCUGGUGCACCUUUCUCAUGCUGUAGCAAUCACUAUGAUUUACCUUUUUGAAGCUCUUUUAAUAGGAUUUUAAUGUUUUAGAAACAGGAUUCCAGUGGUGUAUAGUUUUAUACUUCAUGAACUGAUUUAGCAACACAGGUGAAAAUGCACCUUUUAAAAGCACCACGUUGUUUUCACAGACUGUAACUGUUUUGCUCAUGGAAGUCUUAAACAGAAACCGUUACUGUCCCAAAGUACUUUACUAUCAUGUUUUUAUUUAUCUAGUUUCAGGGAAGGUCUAAAUAAAAAAAGACAAGUGGUGGGACAGAGGAAAUCUACAACCAAAAACAGCCUAGAUCUUUGCAGUGACUAUGCUUUAUGCUGUGAAGAACUGAGGGAUGUGGUAAUUUUUAUAUAAUCGUUCAAAUGGAACAUAGUUCCCAGAAUCAUCUUAUUCUGAUUAGUAUUCAGUAAUUAAGAAUUAUGAUUUUAACCUUCACGUAGCUGAGUCUACCUUAAAAAGGGUUCCAAGAGCUUUGAUGAGAUACAGUCUCUGGUGACCCACACCAAAAUGCUGAAGAGAGUAUCAGCUGCACUAGGAUUUCUUUAAGGAGUAAUUUUGAUCAAAGGAUGUGUUCCUUCCCUUUGAAGGAAAAGCUUUUAGCCUGCAUUGUACAUAAAGUUGGCUUCUCUAAAGAACUGUUGGUUUCUUCGUAUCUGGGUCUACGUGAGUAACUCUCUUACAUAAUCAAGGGUAUUCAAGUAGAAGCCUGCGAAUUAAUCUGCUUUUAAAAUAAAGAGCAGUGUUCUCCAUUUGUAUUUGCAUUAGACAUAGAGUGACUAUUUUUAAAGCAUGUUAAAAACUUAGGUUUUAUUCAUGUUUAAAGUAUGUAUUAUGUAUGCAUAAUUUUGCUGUUGUUACUGAAACUUAAUUCUACCAAGAAUCUUUUCAUUGCACUGAAUGCUUUCUUUUGCCCCUAGGAGAAAACUUAAUAAUUGUGCCUAAAAACUAUGGGCAGAUAGUAUAAGACUAUACUAGAUAAAGUGAAUAUUUGCAUUUCCAUUAUCUAUGAAUUAGUGGCUAAGUUCUUUCUUAGCUGCUUUAAGGAGCCCCUCACUCCCCAGAGUCAAGAGGAAGUGUAAAGACUUGGAGCUCCCCUUGUAAUGUGUGGGACAAGCAAUUUGUGUUCUUCUGAAUGCUACUAGCAGCACCAGCCUUGUUUUAAGCGUUUUGCUAGAAGAAAUAGCUGAUUGUUGUAUAUGCAAAUGAUACGCAUUUUUUAAAACUAUUCUUUGUGAACUUAUCUACCUGGUUAUGAUACUCUGGGUCCAUACACAAGUAAAAUAAGAUGUUAGACAAAAGCCAGUAUACAUUUUGCACUAUUGAUGUGAUACUGUAGCCAGCCAGGACCUUAUUGAUCUCAGCAUAAUAAUGCUUAUUAAUAAUAAAGACUGUCUAGUGACACUCAUCAAGACUAAAGAUGAAGCAGGUGACAUGUUCCAUUGGAAGGAAUUUCGGAUCAUCUCCAUGCUAUUUUACCCCUUCUAUUCUUUUUAAAAUAAGAAAUCAACAGCCCUCCACAUAAUAUAGGUGCCUGUAUACAGUUCUGUCCUGUGUCCUAGCCUCAUGAUCCAGAGCUGUGGGGCACCAGACACUCACUGCACCCUCAGCCUGUGCCCGGUGCUUGGUGGAAAACACAAAGGGCAGGGUGCACUUUCUGUCCUCGCAGAGCUUACGACCAAUUUGGGGACAGUAAGCUCUCCUGGGAUGUCUGUGCCAUGCGAUGGUAUGAAGGGCCUUUUGUUUAUUUCUAAACCCACUUGGGUAGUUAUAAUCCCAGAUUCUGCUCUAUGGAGAACAGCAUCACAGAGGAUUUCCGUGUCUGUCCACCUUGGAGAAAGCCGGUGAUUAUAGACCUCACAAAGGGCACCCCCGUGCAUUAGAAAUGUCCACAGCAGCCCUGCAACAACAAUUGGGUGGCUCUUGUAGGCAGAACGCACUCUACUAAGUGGCUAUGGGUAAUUACAAUGAAAGUAGCAGCUCUGCUCUUGCCCUCAAGGGAGCUUAAGAUUAAUAAAAGAAGACAAACUCAAAUAUAAACAUACCCGAAAAUGCCAUGAUCCUUAAUACUUUGUAAGCAACUUUGCCACACAGAUCUUAUGAUAUGUGCUUCUACAGUCACAGGACUGCCCUGCUUUCCUUGUGUAUAAUGGAUUUUAUGGGCAGAACUGAGAUAUAAACUGUGAGGGCAGUGGGGCAGUUUCUUGUACGUGGUGGUACUGAGUACCAGUACAUAGUGGUACUGCGUACUCUUUCUCCAGUUCCCAGCCAGAAACCCCCAUCACCCAUGUGGCUGGGUUCCUUGUCACCACACUGCUACUGGCCUUUUUCUCCUCUUUUCUUAUCUCAUGGUUGAUGUUGCCCACUGGUUCCUAUCACCCCUUUGAAGUCAUUUUGGUUCAUAAUUUCCUUUCUCUAUAGAGGGGAAUAGAGCCUUUAACACACCUAAGGGCCCUAAAACUGUGGGACCUCUAAGGAGACCUGUUAUGCUUCUUGAGGACAAAAUUACCUUCGUGGUCUCCAAAUGACCAUAUUCUUCUUUAAAAAUGUAUUAGAUAUUGUUACAUCUAGGGACUCAGGAGGGCCAUCCGUCAGCCGUGGGGACACCAAACCUAGGGAGGUUAUUGGAAGGAAGGAAGGAAUCCAAGUGAAGGUUUUCUGUUGUCAUUAUCACAAACCAGUUUUAAAGUUAACUUUCUGGGGAGGUUGCAUUUGGGAAAGGGGAUUGACGAGUUUCAGGACAGAUGAGCCCGAGGUGUGGUAGCUUGGUGCAGGGCUGAUACUUGGAGGCUGCAACAGUCCUUGUGAUGAAGGACAUCACGCAGUGACAUACUGAAACCAAGGAUCAUGUCUGUUUUUAAAUCAGUGUUCUGAUACUGUAGUUCUUAGAAUUUUGGCCUUCUGCACUAUUCUCUUGCUCUCGCAAAUGUAAUAAGAAUGGAAAGGGGUGACAUUUUCCUAUGUGUUCGGCCUCAUUCCUGGUGAAGCAACUGCUCUCUAAAAUGAUGCUGUUUUCUCUGCCAAAAGCAAAGGAAAAGAAAAAAGAGUUGGAGAAUCAGACUUGCAGCUUGAUCUGCUUUCAAAAAAAAUUAUGUAGCAGAAACUAUACGAUGAAGGAAGAAUUCUAUGAAAAUCGCAAAUCCAAAACUCUGGUGAUGUCUUCCUAGGGAGCGAAGAAAGGGAGUGAAACGGCAGUUAGACUCACGGAGACUUGAAGGAUUCAAGGGCAAGUAAGGUUUUAUAUACAACAGCAGUUCAGGUCCCCGUAAUCCUCAAGAAUAGUUACAAAUACCGUAAAACAAAGCUCACUGUUUUAGGAUUUUUUAAAAAUGUGUUGUACCUAAGGCCAUACUUACUCUUCUAUGCUAUCACUGCAAAGGAGUGAUGUGUACGUAUUAUAUGAUUAAAAAAAUCCUUAAUGCACUGUUAUCUCCUAAAUAUUUAGUAAAUUGAUACUAUUUAAUUUUUUAAAGAUUUGUCUGUGUAGACACUAAAAGUAUUACACAAAAAUCUGGACUGAAGGUGUCCUUUUUAACAGCAAUUUAAAGUACUUUUUAUAUAUGUUAUGUAGUAUAGCCUUUAUAAACUGGCUAGUUUGUAUUUCCUAUAAUGCCUAUUUGUGAAGUGUACCAGUUCUCGUCUCUUUUUUCAGUCAUUUUCUGCACGCAUCCCUCUUUAUAUGAUGAUAGAGAUGACGGUAGCUUUCCACACUCCACUGCGAGGGGUGUGCUCGGAGCUGGCUGCGCCCCAGCAAGCUCUGUGGGGUGCAGGACGAGCUGCCACUUUGCAGGGAGUGUUUCCUGCUUUUGAGUUGUUCUGGCAUUCUUCUCGAAAUGACUGUUAAAACUAAAAUAAAUUACAUUGCAUUUAUUUUAUAUUCUUGGUUGAAAUAAAAUUUAAUUGACUUUG